GCAUAUUUAUUACAAUUGUAAUUAUUGUGAAAGUUUAUCAAAUGGAAAAUCAAAUAUUGCAAUAUAGACCCUUUUCUUCCUGUAUUAAUCCCAGCUUUUGGCACAAGUUUACAGAAAUUAAAUUGGACAUUGACAAAUUGGAUGACAAUGGCAAAAAUAUCAUUGGGUUUUUCACAAACUUUAAAAGCGUUGGAAACUUUUUGGACGUGGAUUGUACGUCUUUUAAUAGGGAAUAUAAUUCACAAACCCACAUAUAUCCAGCUCAUGGUGUAAUUUUUAAUAAGAACACAAUUGAAGAAUUCAAAAAUUGCGAUAAAUCUUUCGUAUUGAAUAAAGCAGGAGACAUUUUAUGGAAUAACAUUACACAAGGCAACUGUUUAAAAGACCCUUCAAUUUUGAACACUUUUAUUAUAUUGUCUUUUGCGGAUCUAAAAUCAUAUAAAUAUUAUUAUUGGUUUGCUUUCCCGGCACUAUCAACACCAAUAUCAUAUUUGGAGAGUACUUACAAAGCUGAGGAAAAAUUUUCUUCUGAACAGCUAAAAAAUAUUUACGAAGUUUAUGUGUCGCUCUCUUCCCGGGAACAAACGUAUUUUAUUUUAUGUGAAAAGAACUCUAAAUUUAUUUCAUUCACACUAGAUGCUUCCAUAAGUAUCGACUCUUCUGAUAAUCUCAAAGAAUAUUUUGAAAAAUAUGACAAUAUAUACUUUUGUUUCUCUGAUCCAAAUAAUGAUAUGAAUCCUGGAUGGUCUUUACGGAAUUAUAUCGCGCUUCUU